UGAGACUGAGUUACAAGCUUGCGUCGCUGUAAACCAUCAUCAUCCAUCCACCCAUCCCCCCCUCUUCCAACCCGACAACCGUCUCUGGGCAGAACUCCUUCUUCCUCCCUCUCAGUCUCAGUCCCAGGCUUCUCUCUCAGCUCGAGCAUCCCCGCUCGACCAACCAGGCCUGGCUCAGCUUGUCAUUCGACUUGUAAAAACUCGAUUAAAGCUGGAAAGACCCCAUCCACCCUUCAUCUCCGCCUCAACAAGCCAGUCUUGAACAUUUUGCAGUCUUCCACCGACUCUUGAUCAACGACUUUCUUCUGUUGACCACAUUGCGUCAUCCCACUAUUAGCAUAUAUAUCCCUGCUACCCCCCCCUCCUUAAACACCUUGUAAACCGACUAGUUUAAACGAGACCCCCAUCUCUCUCUGCUCUAUCUUCCCCUUCUUCAAUUCAAUCUUUCUUUCAAUUAUUUACUUGUGUUGUAUCUCGCUCUCGCUCUCCCAUCUACUCGAACCCUUCUCAAGUUAUUCCUAUCGCUCUUGCCUACUAUCACCACCACCACCUACAUCUCUCUCUCCAACCCCCUCUCCACUGCUCAACCGCCCCAGCAAACAAAGCCAUCUCAACUGCAUAUCCCCGGCACUUCUCCUCCUCCCCUCCUCUUCAAGACCUCAUCGUUCAAUCAUCCUCAUCCUCGCCUGUCUUGUUCGCACACUUACUCUCGCCUCUCCGCUCUGAGUUUCUUCUGCCCUCUCAGCUUACUUUGACGUAAAACUCAGCCCGAGGCCUCCGUCCUCCGUUUUAUGCUGGUCAGCACUACCUCUGGUCGGUCUACCCAAUCCCCGCCUCCAUCAUCUUGCGAGUCCCUCUCCGACCCUCCUCGUCUCCGAUCAUCAACCCGCCCAUCAACGCUUAUCCCUCAUCAUCAUCAUCAGCACCAGCACAGCAACCAUCUCGACAUUCCCCUUUCCCCUCAACCUUCAGCAACAACCUUCCUCAGAUGACUGCCGCCGCCACCGCCCUUCCGGGCGCAUCUAGCUCCCAUGGCUUCGACGUCACCUCCCCAGCUCCUGGCUCCCAAAAUCAUAAACGACCCGUCGGUCUCACUCUCGCCAAUCCGAACUCCCAUAACUUUUCCCACUAUCCGGUCUCCGCGCCCUCCUCAAGCGCCCCUUUACCUCCUGGCCCCCCUAAUCACUCCCCUAUCGCCCAGCUCCAUCGCAAUGCAUCCUUCUCCUUCUCCACUUCCCUUCCCCCCAGCUAUCAAGCUCUCAACCACUCUCUGGCCCUCGCCUCUGCCCCACCCUCAGCCACCAUCCCGCCGUCUCACUCCGCAUCAGCCAUGCCCGUUGUGAAUCAAAAUUUUCAACCUUCAAGUCAUCCAAGGGCUCGUCUUCCCACUGCUCAGCCAGGCUCGGCUCCCCCGCAUGGUAGAGCAAACGAAACUCAGGCACAUGCCGGACCUGACAGUCCUGCCACUCAUCUAGCCCAUUCUGCUAGACCAUCUACAUCGUCGGCACCAUCCGGCCAGAACAUGCCGAAUGGCAAGCCUGGAUCCCGCGAGGACUCGGCCAUACCUCCUGCGUCUCUGAACAACUUUCCUGGACUCGGCUUUGCUGUACCGCCCAACUCAGCCCCGCAAGCCAAGAUCGGCACUCAAGCCAAUCCUGGGUCGAACCCGGCAGCCUUAGAAAGCUUACGGUUCUUUAAUACCUACCUAUACGACUAUCUCCUCAAACAAGGACUUUAUGAGGUCGCGCGAGUGUUUGUCGCCAGCGGUGUGGAGCUUGAUCUUGUCGAUGGACGUGAAGGUGUACCUGCUUCACAACCCGGAUCGAAACCCAAUCCACUCAGUAGCAAUACUCACAAGAGACGACGUUCCGAAGGAUCAAUCAAUGCCCCCAAUUCCUCCCCUCAGGCUGGGUCGAACGUCCUCAGUACCCACGAUGGCACCAAUCCAGCUAUCCCCAAAGGUGGCAACGCAGCAAGUGAGCUCCUGCCAUCUGAACGCUCUAUGUCUUCAUCUGGCUCAAGUAUUUCGAAUGCUUCACACUACGGCUUCAACAAUACAGAUAGUAAUCGUUCAUCUAACGAAACUCCUGGCAGUCAGGGUCCUAGUAGUGAUCCGGCGACCAACCCAUCCGGUCCUCAUGGACCCAACGGUGCUAGCACUUCUCCCAACACCUCUGCAUCGCCUCGGUCCUCGCCACUCGACUACCAUACUUUGCGCGAGAAUUUACCCAAGCCAAAACUUGCCAUGGACACCGACCAGGGAUUUCUGUUUGAAUGGUGGUCGAUCUUCUGGGACGUCUUCCGUGCCAAGACAGGCCGAGCUCCAGCACAAUCUAAGCCAGCCCAAGUUUAUGCUCAGACUGUGGCUGCUGCUUCGCUUGGGAUGCCUACCGAUCCGGGUGGAUUAACCAAAGCCCGGCGUGACGCGUUGGGUAUCCUCGCCGUGCCAAACCCAGUUGACGUUCAGAAGGGGCAGCUGAGUGAUCGAAUUCAACAGCAGUACACUUUGGUCAACCCCACCCCGUACAACGCCCCUCAUCAAGAACCCGGCAAUCCUCCCGCUGGCACACGCGUUAGCCCCCAUCAUUUGCAAGCCAAGCAGGCUUUAUUGGCAGAGCAGGCUCGACGUGAACAAAUGAAUCGUAUGCCGACGCAACAACACUUCCAGAGAUUCGAAGCCAACAUGGUUCGCCAACGACAAACUCACUUGCAGCAACAGGCGCAACAGCAUCAGCAACAUGCGAACGUGCAACAACAACAGCAAGAGCUUGCAUUGCGCGCUCAAGAAGCUCAACUUCGCCAGCCACAACACAUGCAUCAAAUUCAUCCCGCUCAUCAUGAGCAAUUUGUUCAACAGCGACAGAUGUCUAUGAACGUCAGACGCCCGGGUAUGCUGGCUAACAUGAAUUCCGACCAAGCGCACGCCAUGAUGCCACCUCCUCCUAUCCAACAUGGCUCUCCUUUAAACCCCCACCAACAAGCUUAUCGUCCAUCCCGACCUCCCAGUCGAUCUGGAGCGGCUCAUGUCUCCAGCCCUUUUGCGCCCAAUCAGGUACAGCCCCAACGUCAACCCAGUCGAGCAUCCAAUCAUGCAAACAGCCCGGCGAUGCAAGCUCAUCCUCGUACGCCGAGUGCAUCGCACGCAUCCACCCCGCAACCAUCCGCUGCCCCUUCCCACAAUCGUGCCAGUCCUGCGGUGAGCAAUGGUGACCAGGAGCGCAAGAAGAGGCGUUUGAACGACCCCAUGUAUAACUCAAACGAUGUCAUCCCACCCGAACCUUCUAGCCUACCAACUCCAGCUCAGCAUGCGCAUCAACAGCAGCUCAUCUCUCAACAGCAACAGUUGGCUCAGCACCAUCAACAACAGAUGAAUCAACAGCAGAUGAAUCAGCAGCAAAUGGCUCUUCAACAACAACGCAUGGAACAGCAGCACCAACAGCAACAGCAACAAUUGAGUCAACAACAGCAGUUCAACCAACAACAACAACUGAACCAACAACAACAGUUGAACCAGCAACAACAGUUGAAUCAGCACCAGCACCAGUUGAGCCAGCAUCAGCAGAUGAACCAACAUCAGCCGCCUAACCAGCAUCAUCAAAUGAAUGCUCUUCAGCAGCAACAAAUGGCGCAGAUGCAAGCCGCACGGCGUGCUGGGGCCCACCAUUCCGAGUUCGCUGGUAGUCCAUCUGAAGCUUCACCGAUGAACAUGAGUGUUGAAGCCUAUAAGCAAUCGAUUCAUGCGAAGCACAGUCAAGCGAUAAAUACUACUGGAGCCUCGAAUGGCCAUAAGGGCAGCAACUCUACCAGCCCCAAUAAAGAAGGCUGCAGCAAAUCUGACGAAAACUCGAUGCCUCCACCCUCCGGUCGUAACAUAGCAACCCAGCCUUCAACGCCACAAUCCUCUGCCAGUGCAAACAAAACAACCGAAUCAACGCCUCUCCCAUCCAUUGUUGCCCCAUCCCCUAAUCUUAACCAACCACUGCGCCCUGCUUCGCGAAAUGAUCAGAAUCCCCUUUCUGGUGGCACUGGAAACAUGUGUACCGGUACCGACCCUGCAUCUGCUACCUUGCCUCCCAGUCAAUCCAUUUCUGGAAGAUCAAUGUCAAACAAUGAUGCCGAAUCCAAGGCGAAUGCUGCGACAGGCGAUGUGCAACGCGCAAAUGAAACGAUUGAGUCCUCAGGUGGAGUUGAACAUGGCAACGAGAAAUCGAUAUUUGCAACCGAAGCCAGUUCCAAGUCGCACGAUAAACCAGGCGGUUUAUGGUCAUUAGAUUCCAAUGGUAACGGACAGCAGCACCAAAAUGUAAACAAUGGUGGUAACGCUCAAUCUCACAUAUCGCCGUCGGGCAACGCCGGCUCCCAGAACUUGACUUCGGAUGACUUGAGUGUUGUUAAUAACAACGCAAUGGACCAGUUGUUUAGUACAGACGCAUUAUCCUUCGACCUUGACUCGAGCUUGUUUGAUGCCUUCAUCAAUUUCGAUCAUAGCACCUCAGAUCUAGCAAACCCUGACUUUUCCUGAAUGGAGAUGCUCCACAACUGAAGCCAUCUUGGUGGAAGAGCGGACUGGAUUUGGAUCGUCGUUGGUCGAUCGAACCUCAGUAUUUUUGAAUAGUGAAUCGAGGGAAGGCAAGGUAUCAAACACCGUGCCUUUUCGACUUGACCAUCAACCUCGACUUGAGUGUCUUUACAGGUCGCUUUCAUAUAUCUUCAUUUCUUUCUUUUUCGUUCCAUUUUUUCGUUUUUCCCCUUCUCUUCCUCUCUCUCUCUUUCCCUCAAUGAUAUAGAGCCUGGUGUUUGUAUUUAGUGGGCCUCUCCUGCCGACACCAAAUGCAUAAUAUAUAUGCAUAUAUAUAUAUUAUAUUUGGUACGUUGAAGAUAUAAAAUAGCGAUGUGUAGAAUUUGAUACAUAUAUAUAAAUACUUUACAUUAUAAUCACAAAGAAAACUCCCUUCCUCCUCCUUCUUCCUCUUCUUACAUCACCCCUGAACUAAACUAAACUACAUAACCCCCCAAAAAAAGCGUAAAACAUAAAGCAGAUCAGAAAAAAAAAGUGUUGAAGAAUUGUAAAUAAUUGUGCUCGAGAAUUUCCUCUUUGAAAAACUUACUCCAAUUUGCUGUUGUUUGUGUUUGUUGAUUUUUUUUUGUUGAUUGACUGUUUGCAUAUUUUACACCGCUCAUCAAGACUUGCGUUAUCAAUACAUUAUCGUUUUGUGUUUCCUUUUUUUAUCAUCAUCAUCAUCACCAUCAUCGUUGUGUGUGUUGAGAUCAUCGCUCAAGUCGAUGGUCCGAGACCCUGAAUUCGAUCACUCUUCAUUCCUCCUUGCCUGUUCUUUGCCAAUGCUCCUCAAUACUUUAGCCCCCACUUGUUUAUAAUUAAUACAUACUUAUCAUCACCCAUCCUGGCUCAUCUCUUUGUGUCCUGUGAGAAAAGCUCGUCGUUUGCCCUGUUGCCAUGAUGCAUUUUUUUUUUCUCCUUUCUUCGGAGGCCUCUUUUUUUCUCGUAGAGUCAAACCCAAAAUCAUUGAUCAAGAUGGC